AUGGCCAAAGCUCGGGGGCAUCAUGUUGUCUACUCUGCCCCCGGGUUUUCUGAGCUGCAGCCUAUCGAGAUGGUGUGGAUGUACGAGAUCGCCUAG